AACCACUGACAGACAGCAUUAAAAGCCUCUGUGACAGAAUAGACAGGGUGGUCAGCCCUAAGAAGCCUGGAGCCAAAUUAACAGAUGAUCUAAUUAAUCGUGUACAUAGACGGAUGAUGAAGAUUAAGUCAGGACUUGACUUAAUAAAAAGCGAAGCCCAAGUACAAUUAGAGUUUGAAGAAAAUCACAAACCCCUGGAAAAUCAGUUUUUUAGUGAGGUCAACCAGGGGUCUAAAAAUACAUCAACACCAUGUCCACCAAACACCAGGCCAACUACAGGUUGCACUAAUGACACCAUCAGCUUAGCAAACAUGCAGCAAUCUGAUGGUGCCGUCAAGCAGGAGACUGAACCCACUUCAAAACAAGUACAUUUCCCACCCAUCUCAGAGACCGUGCAGCUCACAGAAAGUCAAUUCAAGCCACACCCGCCCCUCAUCAGAGGUGGAUCUGCUCAUGACCAACUCUCUUACCGGACUGCAUAUUUGGACCAGACUAUGUUGAAAUAUGGGCGUGUGCUCAAGCUUCAGCAGAGAGACGCAUUACAAGGCAGUGUCCUGACACCAGUUCCACCAAACACCCUGCCAGCUAUGAAGACCUCGCCACACAUGCAGAUGGGCCAGACUAUGUCCAAAUAUGGGCGUGUGCUCAAGCUUCCGCAGAGAGACACAUUACAAGACAGUGUCCUGACACCAGUUCCACCAAAAACCCUGCCUGGCAUGGAAGGGUCUCAGCAAAUACCCGACCAUGUACACUUGCCACCCAUCCAUGAUAAGGUGCAUUGCCCACAUCAUCAGACCCGUUCAAAGUUUCAGCAGAGAGACACCUUAAAAGGCAGCUUCCUUCCACCGUGUCAACCAAACACACUACCAGCUUUGAAGACCUUACAACACAUUCAGCUCUCGGCUAGUACAGUCAACCACGGGUAUAAAAUCACAUCAAAGUAUGUACCCUUACCACCCAUCUCUGAUAAGCUCACCACAGACUGCACUAACGCUACAAGGAGCUCAUCAAGAUUACUCAGGAGAGGCAUUAAAAGGUGAGGUUCUCUCACUAUUUCUGACAACCGCAACCACCAUUUCCAAUCACUGGCAGCAUGAAAAGUUGAUUGUGUGGGUUUAGUCCAGGUGAUCUGGUUUCCUAAAACAAUUGUGUGAGUUAAUUCCAGGUGAUCUGGUUUCCUUAAACAAUUGUAUAGGUUUUCUCCGGGUGAACCGGUUACUCCCACAAUUAAAAUAAAUUAAUAAAUGAAUACUAAAAAAACAGUAUUUGUUGUAUAUCAAUGUUUUUGUAUGAACAUUAGCUUCUCUCUUGUUCAUUGUGCCCGCUACAACCCAGCUUAUUAGGGCAAAAGGAAGCAACAUAAAACCAGAUUUUUUUUUUGCUAAAAUAAAGGUAUUUAUUAACAUAUGAGUUACAUGGAUUAACAAAAUCACAGGUGUCAAACUACAAAUGAAAAAAGGGCCUGUGGAUUAUGGUUAAAACCAAUAGAUGAAUAUAACAAGAAGAGGACUCUUCAGAGUUAAAAAAGUAUAGAAACAAAGCAUUACUAAUUAGUCCUGCCUCAAAACACAAAGAAAACCAGUAUCCCUAAAACUUGUGACUAACAGGAAAUAUCUACAAAUGUGUAACAAUUUUCAGUUUUUAAAGCUAAAACCUGGUCCAGUGUCCCAUGUAGUCUUGCAGCGGGUAUUUAACACACUUUCAACAAAGCUUUCAGCAAACCAUUCAACCAGAAAUUCCCCUCGUUCGGAUGCACGUAUAAGGCACAAUGUGUGAUAAACCAGCCUUCCCAUCCGUAAACAAACUAGCAAUGCAUCAUGGGAGAUCUAGCAAAGGCACGGAGCUAGGAAUGAGCGAAAACGUGAUAAAUUAUAAGCAUCAAGUGGAUAAAUCUUGGAUGUAACAGUUUGGAUUUAAUGCUCAACGACCCCGAAAAAGGCACACGUUCCAGGCUGGAUAGAAAACCACCUGUGAAGGCUAGAAAGACCCCAAAGAGACCUCCGUGACCGCUAGCUCUUUAGCUUU